AUGUUGCUUCUGUUCGAGACCCCGGCGGGGUUCGCGCUGUUUAAGGUGCUAGACGACAAGAAGCUCGACAAGGUCGAGGACAUCUGGACGCACUUCGAGUCGUCGGAAAGCGCCAGCAAGGUGGUGAAGCUGAAGGCGUUCGACAAGUUCGAGAACACGGCGGACGCGCUGGGCGCGGCGACGGCGCUGGUGGAGAGCAAGCUGAGCAAGGGGCUGAAGAAGUUCGUCAAGGCGCAGUGCCAGGGCGAGACGCUCGCCGUCGCCGACUCGAAGCUGGGAAACAUCAUCAAGGAGAAACUGGGAGUGACAUGCGUGCACAACGCAGCGGUGAUGGAGCUCAUGCGCGGGGUGCGGUCGCACCUCUCGGAGCUCAUCGCAGGGCUGUCAGGCACGGAUCUCGCGCCCAUGAGCCUGGGGCUCAGCCACAGCCUGUCGCGCUACAAGCUCAAGUUCUCUCCCGACAAGGUGGACACGAUGAUAGUGCAGGCGAUCGGGCUGCUGGACGACCUGGACAAGGAGCUGAACACGUACGCCAUGCGCGUGCGCGAGUGGUACGGCUGGCACUUCCCCGAGCUCGCCAAGAUCGUCACGGACAACCUGCAGUACGCGCGCGCCGUCAAGCUCAUGGCGCACCGCGUCAACGCUGCUGACUUGGACUUUUCCGGGAUACUGGAGGAGGAUGUGGAGUCGGCCAUGAAGGAUGCGGCAGUGAUUUCCAUGGGGACGGAGGUCAGCGAGCACGACAUGACCAACAUCAUUGCUCUCUGCGACCAGGUCAUCGCGCUCUCAGAGUACCGUGCGCAGCUGUUUGACUACCUGCGAUCGCGCAUGCUCGCCAUAGCGCCCAACCUCACAGUGCUGGUGGGCGAGCUCGUGGGGGCGCGCCUCAUUGCCCACGCCGGUUCCCUCAUGAGCCUGGCCAAGCACCCCGCCUCCACCGUGCAGAUCCUGGGCGCUGAGAAGGCGCUGUUCCGCGCGCUGAAGACGAAGCACGACACGCCCAAGUACGGGCUCAUCUUCCACGCGUCGCUCAUUGGCCAGGCGCCCCCCAAGCUCAAGGGCAAGAUCUCGCGCGUGCUCGCUGCCAAGUGCUCCCUGGCUAUCCGUGUGGACGCCCUGGGUGAUGCCACCGAGCCCACCGUUGGCAUCGAGGGCCGUGCUAAGAUCGAGCAGCGGCUGCGACAGCUGGAGGGGCGGGUGCUGGGCAGUGCGAGUGCAGCGAGCAAGGGCAAGGCAAAGCUGGGGGCGUACGACAAGGACCGGAAGGAGGGCACGGGCGGCUUGAUCACCCCUGCCAAGGCCUACAACCCCGCAUCUGAUGCGCUCUUGACAGCCAAGUCCCCAGCGACAGACGCAACACCAGCGGCAGGGGAGGAGUCGGCUAAGAAGGCCAAGAAGGAGAAGAAGGCCAAGAAGGACAAGGAGAACGGGGAUGCCACUCCCUCUGCCGCUGCCCGUGUUGAUGCUGACGGGGCAGAGCCGCCUUCCACUGAGAAGAAAAAGAAGAAAAAGCGUGACAGGGAGGAGGAGGGCAAGGCGAAAGAGGAAGCAGCAGCGCCGGUGACCCCCGCUUCUGAGAAGAAGAAGAAAAAGAAGGAUGCGGCAGCGGAUGGGAGUGUAACACCUGGGGCCACCGAUGGUUCGGCCAAGAAGAAAAAGAAGACCAAGGAGGAGGAUGGGGCGACACCGGGGGCGAGCGGAUCGACCAAGAAGAAAAAGAAGUCGGCCGAUGCGGCGCGCUUACCUGCUACCAGCCAGCUGCUCAUGACAUCAGCAGAAGAUCUUAACCCCAAGAGCCUUGGGAUUCAUCGGCAAGUGACUACAACGAAGGGUUCGUUUGUCGAUGAUGGAUUAAGCGCGGACUCGCAGAGUGACAGUAUACAGGAAGCACCCCGGGCCCCUGCGUGGCCGUCAAGAUUCCAAGUUGACUUUAACGAGGAGAUGUACCUCCCCUGGUACACCCUGACAACGGAAGGCACCUGGCGGUACGACUACACCACACGCAGGCAGCGCAUCGACCGCCGGAACGGGCUGGGGGAUCGAUACUGUGGCUCUGCGCUGCCUUUAAGGGCCACCCCAUGCACCCAGCUGGUGCGGGACUCGUGGCGUUAUCUCGUCUUCCCGCAGGAAAAGUACUGCUGCCGCUGCUGCUCUGCGGCCAAUGGGUGUGACGUGGUGCGCCCUGAUUGGCUGGCUGAUGCCACCUAUAUGGGCCGGGACUACGUGGAUGACAUUCCCUCCACCAAAUGGAAGCAGCAGGGGUUGCAGAACAACUACUACUGGCACUCAGAGGAUGAUGUGCCCAUUCGAAUGUACAUGGAGCCCGUGGAGCAAAUGACUUUUGCUCACGCCGCAUUCCAGAAGCCACACACCUUCCCCAACACCACCUUCGACCUCCCUUCAGACAUGGACUGCUCACAGCUGUGCUAUGGCUUCUGCGCUCUGGUCCGUCAAUCCACACUCUAG